AUGCCUCGUUUCGAAGAAGAUGAGGAAAAACAGGAGGAAGAAGUGCGCAGCAAGUACAUGUUCCGGCCACGUCUUUCGGCUGUUGCUGAAAAUGACCGUUUCGAUGUACCGUUUCAGAACGAAUACGAACAAUGUUGCCGUGAGGACUACGAUUGGGAUUCGGAGCUUCAAACCAUCAAAACAGUUUGGGAAAGACUGAAACCGCCACCACAGGAAAAGGUGGAAGAGAAAGUGCUGACAAUUGGGAAUUCGCGAUCGCUUCCGUGGGCUCCGAACGAAUGGUGUAUCGAGCGGGCAUUUGAUUGUUAUCGUAACAGACGUGACGUGGCACGCAUUCAUGUAAAAUUUUUAUAUUUCUCUUUGGAAUUCAAAAUUGAACCCUUUCGCUUUCAUUAUUUGGGAAAGGUGGGGAUAAACCUAGCUCAGAUGAUAGCAAAUGCCAACAGCAGCAGCUAG